ACAUUACAUAGAUAUAUAGUUUAUAUAUAUGUACUUAAAUAAACUUCUUUAUUUGCAUGAAUUGAUAUCAUACAUAAGCUUCCAUAAUGGCAUUUCGAAUCAAUGUUAGACGUUGGAUCUUAGUCUUUGCUCUCUUUUAUAUUUGUUUGUUCUUGAAUAACUUUGGAAAGGCUGAUGAUGAUGAGUCUGAUACUCAGAUAGGUGGUGGUGGUGGAGCUGGUAAUGGCGGCGGUGGAGCUGGUUUUGGUGGAGGUUCCGGGGUUGGUGGUAGUAGCAGUGGCGGAUCUGGAGUUGGUGGUGGUGGCAGCGGUGGCAGGAGUUUUGGUGAUCCUACUCCAAUCAUCACAAAAGCCUUGCUUUGUUUCAAUGAUAAAUAUAUUUAUCAAAGCUGUGAAGAGUCAUACAGAUUGAGCGAAAAUGGAAACUUAGAUGUACCUUCUGAGAAAACUGAUGCAUUCUGUGAAGGACCAUGUAUGUCUGAGACAAACUUGGUUCUCAGCUGCAUUGACAACAUUUUCAGCAACUUCAUAUUCUACAAUAGAGCAACCAUAGAAGAUGUUAAAGAAACAAUUCUAGCUGGAUGUGGUUAUGGCCCUCAAAGAGGAAACUUUAAUGUGGCUGAGCAUAUCCAGUCUGAAGAAAACAAAGCUUUGAAGAUUACAAGUCAUGUUCUAAUGGGUCUUGCUUUUAUGAUAAUGAUCUAAUUUUUAGGUUAUAAUAAAUUGGAAAAGAAUGAUUUGGGUUUCUAUGUACCAUGUGUACUAAAUUACUUAUUCAAUGGGUUAUACAAAUUGAAUGAAUUUAAGUUAUGUAGUUGUAGUAAUUAUGUGAUGUGUUUUCUAGAAAAAAGAAAGAAAGAAAUAAUUUGAUGUAUUGAUGUUCA